AUGAUACCGCCGCCAAUAGUUCAGAGCACUUACGUCGCUCCAAAGACUUCAAGCACCCCGACAGCAGAGUCAGCCCUGGUGGAGAAGCCCUUCGAUCUCGAUGACAGACAGCAGCAGCUUGAAGCAGAUCUGCAGUUUCUCUUGGAUGCACAGGCUGAAGGGUUAAUACGUGGCCUGGAGGCCGGCUCCGUGGAAGAGCGCAGCUCAACUGGAAGCAUUACGCCCACUGUACAGAGCGUUAGGAGCUCCUCUGCUCGUCGACCUCGCAAAUCUCUCCGCAGGCAGCCAGGGUUGAAGUCGGCAAGGAAGGGGAUAUACAAUAGCAUAGUCGCUUUGGCAGGCUUGAAAGAAGAGGAGCUUCUGGGAGUAGACACGAAAGUGCGCGAGAAGGAGCGGAUAUUGGGACAAAUUGACUCAUGGGAGAAGAAGCGGGAGGGUCUGCGAGAGGCAUCGCACAAUGUGGAUUUGAGUGAGGAUACCAUCCGCUCCCAGCGACUACAGCAAGAGGCCGACGCUCUUCAGGCAGAGAUUAACAAGAUUGAGCUUCAGCUAGGGGAAAUGAAGACCAGACAUCGCAAACUGCUUCGCCAGGCUGCUGCUGUUGAGAACUCGGUUCAGGCCAAGAUGGCCUCAUAUUCGAACAGCCUGCGACAGCUUGAAGACGACAUCCAGAAAUUUCUCAACGUCAGGCCGGAAAGUGUUGAUCCCAGACCUUCAUCGUCUGAAGGCAAGGCUUCGAUAUGGCAGCUACCGAAAAAGCGAAGAAACUUGGGUUUAGCAAAGGAAUACUGGACUGAACAACGCGAUUCGACGAUGCAUCAGCGAGCAGAUAUCGAGUUUGAAAGGUCUGCGCUUGUCGAAGGAGCUAUGCUAUGGCGCGAAGCUGUCGCCGAGAUUAACAAUUUCGAAAAAGAGCUUCGCGUAGGUAUGUCUCACUUACCCUCUUCCCCUGGCUCUCACUCGGCAUGGGAAGAGCCUCCUGAGACAGAUGCAGCACAAAGCCUCAAGGAGCUUUUGGGCAAGAUGGAGAUCGUGAUGGCAGCUCUUCAAACCAAAUUGCAGACAGCAGAGGAACGCAAUUGGAGGCUGUUGAUGGCAGCUCUCGGAGCUGAGCUGGACGCGCUACAGAGAGGAAAACAGAUACUCCUGGGUGCAUUGAAUCGAGCUACCGGUGACGAUGCGACGACAUCCACGAAUGGAGAUGUUGAUGCCAGUGAUACGCCUAUGGAGAAGACGGACCCGGGAGAUGAAAUACGAGCUCUGGAUCAAAGUUUUGUAACAGCUAGGCCUGUCAGCCACAUCUCUGAUGCUGAGGAUGAUGAGCCUCCUCCAGAACUUCUUUUCUCGCAAGCUAGAGAUAUAGAUACUGAGUAA